AUGUUGCACACCGAAAAGUCGAAACCAUUCCGCCAGGAAGUCCUCUCCGUCGGGCUAAUGUUCCUGCGGAUCGUUGGGCUCUGGGGUACGGACAGUCGAAAGUGGUACCGCUUAAUGGUAAUUUGGUUCGUCAUUAUUACGCUGCCGCCGAAGAUGAUUUUGGGUUCCGGUAAGGACACCUUCGAAUCCUUUGCGCGCAACGUAACGGAGGUCAUAUUUACCUGUGAGAACUGUGCGUGGAUCGUUAUUUUCGCCUAUCGACGAGAAUCGUUUCAGUUGCUUGUGGAAACUCUGGAAUGCUUCCUCAACCGAGAUUGGUCCAGUGAAUUGCGAGUGCAAAUCGAAACCUUUAUCGGACAGAUGCAUAAAUUAGCCAAAUACUAUGCCGUCUACAUUGGUGUCAUGUCGUUGUUCUUUAUUAGCAUCCCUAUUGUGUCCACAGUGGUGAAGUUGUGCUACUACACCAAAGCAGAGCGGGGUGAAUUCUUUUUGGUUACUGAAACAAAUUUUUAUGGACUCGACACUCGACGCGAUUUGGUACCCUAUGUUAUUUUUACGAUCCUUGGCACCGUGGGCGGUUCCUGCUGUGGAUUCACCGUGCUGCUCAAAGGCGUAAUUGCCCAGGUCGCCAUCCGAUAUGGGGCGAAAUUGUUCGAAAUAGUUUCCAAAAGGAUCAACGCCAUGGAGCAAAUGGCUGAGCCGGACCAACGUAAACGUGAAUUGCUGGAAAUCAUUGAGCUACAUAAUCUAGCGUUGAAAUACUUGCGUCACUUGGAAUUCACCAUUAGUAUCUCGUUACUAAACAUAACGCUCAGCUGUUUGUUUAUGUGGUGCUUGUUGAUGUUUUACCUUUCAAAGGAUGCUGGCGGCCCAAAUGGUGUUUGUGUCCUGAUUCUUUUCAUUGUAACACUGGUAGAGAUGACUAUUUACAGUGUAAAUGGUACUAAUUUACAGAAUAAGGCCUAUGAAGUAGCAAAUGCAAUAUACCAAUACCCGUGGCAUAGGGAAUCGAUUGGAAUGCAACAAGCAGUAAGGUUUAUAAUACAGAAAGCCCAACGACCAGCCGGAAUAACGGCCGGUAAAUUUCAUUACAUCGAUCUACAACAGUUGGGUUCAAUGAUUCAAGCUAGCUACUCUUACUAUUUGAUACUGAAGGAUAGAUUUUAA